GUCCCAAGCUUCAAUAUCUUAAGAGGUACCUACCUACGUACAUACCAUACCUUCCUCAAUUCUACAAACAUCCUAUUGCUCCUAAGCAAUUCCUGCUCUUCUUUUUAGAGGGCUCAUUACUUCAAGAACCUCUAUAAAAACAACAAUACCUUCACCAAAUCCCAAUAAACAUCUCCUAACCUUCCCUUCCCUUCCCUUCCCCUAAUCAACAACCACAAUGCCAUCAGAUCUAUCCAACUACCUCGCAACGCACUACCUCAUCGCCGACCCCAAGCCCUCCAAGAAGCGCAAGCGCAAGCAAAAAGACGAUUCCUCAGGCCUCAUCAUCGCCGACGAAACCGAAUCCGGCUGGGCGCGCCCGAACCGCGGCGACAACAACGACGACGAAGACGAAAAUGCUUCCGCAGUAGUAGCCGGCACCAGCGCCGAGUUCCGGCGGGCCAAGAAAUCCGCGUGGAAAACCGUCGGCGGUAGCGCCUCCAGCAGCACGGAGACCCAAGCCCAAGCCCAAGACGCCGAAGCGGCAAGGGCAGCAGACGCCAUCCUCGCCUCCGCCGCCGCCGAGACAGCCGCAGCCGCCGCCGACGAGGACGCGUCGGGCAACGCCCCCGCAGUCAUGAUGAUGUCAGACGGCACGCACGCCGGCCUGCAAAGCGCAUCGGCCGUCGCCGCACAGCUCGAAGCGCGCCGGCGCGCCGAGAGGGAAGAAUACGAGCGGGAGGAGGGGGGGCGCCAUAAGAAGGGCAGCAAAGGCGGCGGCGAGGUAGAAACGAUAUACCGGGACGCGACGGGCCGACGCGUAGACGUGAGCAUGAAGCGAGCGGAGCUGCGGCGGGAGGCAGCCGAGGCGGCAGCCCGCGAAGCGGCCAAGACGGAAGCCCUGCGCGGCGAAGUCCAGGUCGAGGCGGCGCGGCGGCGGCGCGAAGAGCUCGAGGACGCCAAAGUCAUGACGGUGGCGCGGCACGCGGACGACGUCGAUAUGAAUCGUGAGAUGAAGGAGCAGGUGCGGUGGGGCGAUAGCAUGGCGCGGUUUAUAGAGCCCAAGGGGGCGGGAGACGGAGGUGGGGGGAAGACGAGGAAGGUAAAGGGCAAGCCGAUAUACCAGGGCGCGUGGACGCCGAAUCGAUACGGCAUCCGGCCGGGGUAUCGAUGGGAUGGUGUCGAUAGGGGGAACGGGUUUGAGGCAGAGAGGUUCAAGGCUAUCAAUAGACGGGAGAGGAACAAGGGCUUGGAAUAUUCGUGGCAGAUGGACGAGUGAUAAGCAUUAAGCAUUUACUAAGUAAAUCUACGAUCAUGCACGGGAUAGGGGAUUAUAAUCAGGAGUUGAAUUAGUGAGAUACCAACUGUCUAAGACUAAGGCAGUCAACGCAGUAAGCCA